AUGAGGCUUAGGGCUCUUCGGGAUGCUCUGACCGGCUGCUCGCCGCGCCUCAAGUCCAAGGUGGCGAAGGCCAAGAUGCUCGACGGGGUGCUCGACCCAUUGACCGCGGCGGCUACGGCGGCCGUGCGCUCGGCGGCUGCGAUCCCGUCUACUUCGGUGCAUGCUAGCUCCGAUGGGCUGGGGGCUGUUGACAAGUGCAGCGUCGUGAGGAACGCUAUCCACACUGUCAACCCCGUCCUCGCUUGUAUCCAGGAAAGCAAACUAUCUGAGUUAUCCACCAGUAAGGCUCGCUCGUUCUUGCCCUCCCGCCUGGGCUCUUUCGUGUCCAAAAAUGCGGAGGGUAGUAGAGGCGGGAUGGUCACCGCUUGGGACCCCAGCGUCCUCAGUCUGUCCGCGUCUUCGGCCUCCCGUUACACGCUUACUGCCUCCCUUUCUUCCACGCGGUGCGCCCUCUCCUUCCGGAUCACUAACGUCUACGCUCCCUCCGAUCAUGCGUUCACGGCGGACUUUGUCGAGGACCUCAUGUCGGUCGCAGCGGGCAUCACUGGCCCUUGGCUGGUGCUUGGGGACUUCAACCUCAUCCGCUUCCCUCACGAGAAGAAUAACCAUCGCUUUGAUGCUUCUCGUGCGGCUGUGUUCAACUCCCUCGUUAACUCUCUGGCUCUGCACGAGCUCGCCCUGUCGGAUAGGCUUUUUACUUGGACGAACAGGCGGGAUCCCCCCACCCUCGCUCGUCUGGAUCGCGUCUUCUUUGACCACGCUUGGGACGUCGCCUUCCCGGACUCGGGUCUGUCGUCUCGCCCCCGUUCUACCUCGGAUCAUGUGCCCCUAGUGGUGGAGGCCGCGACGCGGAUUCCUUCUCCUUCUCGGUUUUUCUUCGAGAAUUCUUGGCUCCGUGAUCCUCAGUUUCUCCCCUCUACCCUCUCGUCCUGGUCGAACACGGGGGCCGGUCGGUGCGCUGUGGGUUGCCUGGCAGCUCGCAAGAAAAGGUUCAGGGCCGCGGCCAAGGUUUGGAAAAGGCUACACAACUUCAUUCCUGCUUUUGAUAAUAACUGCAAAUUUGUGAUUGACCUGCUUGACUUUUGGGAGGAGUGCCACACCUUGUCCUCUGAUGAACACCAGCUCAGGAAGGACGCGUGCAUGGCCAUGGCGGCUUCGAUCCGGCGGCAGAGCGUGUACUGGAAGCAGCGCGGGAAGUGCCGGGCUGUCUGCGAGGGGGACGAGAACACCGACUUCUUCCACGCGAGCGCCUCCCACCGCCACCGCGCCAACUCGAUCCGUGUGCUCGACGUCGACGGCGCGAUGGUGUUGGACCACGCUGGCAAGGCGGCGGCCCUGCUCACGUUCUACUCCGACCUGUUGGGCAGGGCUCGGCCCGCCGUGUGGCGCUUCGACUUGGAGGCUCUCUACCGCCACGCGCCGAGGGUGGACGCGGCGGCUCUGGUCGCGCCUUUCUCGCCCAGCGAGAUUAAGGAUGCUGCGAACCUCCUCGACCGGACUAGCGCGCCAGGACCGGACGGCCUUGGCCCCGCGUUCUACCAGGCCGCCCGGAGUACGGUCGCGGGCGACCUACAGCGACUCUUCGACGCGGUUCAUGACGGCACCGCGGACCUCGACGCCAUCAACCGUGCGUACAUUGCCCUGCUGCCCAAGGGGGUGGGCGUGCCGACGCCGGGCGCUUUCCGCCAUGUCUCCCUUCAGAAUGGGGACGUGAAAAUCCUCUGUCGUGGCCUCACCUCGAGGUUGCAGAAACAGAUUGGGGGCAUCAUCAACGUCGACCAGUCGGGGUUCUUGGCGGGGAGGAGCAUCUCCGAGAACUUCGUGUAUGCCGCCGAGGUGAUCCAGUGCUGCCACAAACGGGGGGCGCCUGCCCUCGUGUUCAAGCUGGACUUCGCCAAGGCGUUCGACUCGGUCAACUGGGGGGCGCUGCGCCGAAUCCUCAUGGCGCGCGGCUUUCCCCGUCGGUGGUGCGACUGGAUGGACCUGAUCUUCUACUCCUCGCGGUCGGCUGUGCAGCUGAACGGCGUGCCCGGGCGGUGGUUCACGGUGCGCCGGGGGCUGCGGCAAGGCGACCCAUGUUCGCCCUACCUCUUCCUCAUCGUCGCCGAUGUGCUGCAACAAAUGAUCAGUCAAGACGGGGCCCUGUUCCACCCUCUCGUCGAUGGCAAGCCCCCCCUGGUGCUGCAAUAUGCCGAUGAUACGCUUGUCAUCCUCCGAGCGGACUCCGGCGCCGCGGCCCGCCUCCGCCGUAUCCUCGACGACUUUGCGGCGGCGACGGGGCUGGACAUCAACUUCGACAAAAGUACUCUGGUCCCCAUGCACGUGCCCGAGGAGGUGUUGGCGGAGACUGUUGGCGCCCUUGGCUGCGCCGUGCAAGGGUUCCCGCAAGCCUACCUGGGGCUCCCUUUGUCGUGGGAAAAGCUCUGCUUCGCCGACUUCCUACCCAUGAUCGCGAAGGUUGACAGGUACCUGGCUGGAUGGAGAGCCCGUCUUCUCUCCCCGGCCGGGCGUUUGGUCCUGAUCAACGCUGUCCUCGACGCCCUUCCCACAUAUGCUAUGGCAGCGAUGUUUCUCCCACCGGCGGUGAUCAAGGAGCUCGACUCGCUCCGUCGGGCCUUCCUCUGGAAUGCAGCCGAGCGCGCCUCCGGAGCCCAAUGCCUGGUGGCUUGGGAGCGUGUUUGCAGGACCAAGGCGGAAGGCGGGCUACGCGUCCGUGACCUCGCUACACAGAAUCGCUGCCUACUGCUCAAGAUGUUGCACCGGCUUCACGCAUCCUCCUCGCCUUCGAGAUGGGCCCUGUGGGUGUGGGCGGAGCUCGACGGCCGCUCCCUCCUCUCGCCAACAGCCAGCAGGCGCGCAGGGGAGCAUGGCCAGGCGCUGGCGCGGCUGCUCCCGCUGUACCACGGGAUCACCAGGGUGACGGUGCGCGAUGGGAGACGGACGUCCUUCUGGCUCGACUCCUGGCUCCCGUGUGGACCGCUCGCGGUGGCCCUCCCGGUGCUGCACUCGCACACGAUGAUGAAGGAGGCCACGGUGUGGCGGGUGCGUACGCGCGGCCUGGACAGUGUGCUGGUGCCCAGGCUUACCUCUGCCGGCACCGUGGAGCGGUCUACCCUUCUGGCACUGAUUGGCGAUCAUGCUACGGGGCUAGGUGACGACGAGCGCAGACCAACGCUGUGCUCAGACGCGCGUGGGAGCCUAGUCACGGCGGCCGUCUACGCCCUGGAGAGAUUUGGGGGCCUGCAGGCGUCGUUCGCGGCGUUCCUUUGGGGGUGCGCGGCUCCCUCCCGUGUUCGUUUUUUCGGGUGGCUCCUGGUCCAACGACGGGUCAACACAAGGGACGUCCUGUUGCGAAACACCAUCAUCACAGCGGAGGGAGCUUCCUGUCCGAUCUGUUCGAGCGAGCUGGAGACGGCGGAUCACAUGGUGUUCGAGUGCCCUUUCGCCCGAGCUUUCUGGGGGGCGGUGGGGGUCGAUGUGGUCGACAAAGGUUAUCAGGUGGCCGCGCUCCAGGAUCUUGACGUCCGGGGAGUGGUCGGGGAUACUGCGUGCGCUACCUUCGCUCUUCUGUGCUGCUGGCAGCUAUGGAAGCACAGGAAUGCCGUGGUCUUCCGUGGGGCGGUGCCCUCCCUCGCCCGCCUUCUAGCUUGCUGCAGGGAGGAUUCGGCCCUGUGGCGAGGGCGACUGAAAGUAGCUGAACGCGCGUGCGUCGACAGAUGGCUACAGGUGUUCUCGCACCCUGAGAGGUAG